AUGGACGACAAGCGGCGAAAGUCAAGGAGUAUCCUACUCACGGCUUUUGUGGUUCUUGUCAUCUUGUGGAUAUUCAAACUUUCCCAUCCGCAAUUCUCGUUCUUUCCCGCCCAUGGGGGGCACGAGUUGACCUCAACAACGCCGGAGCCUGCAGAAAAUCAGGUGAAAGAGAAUGGCGCGAGUAGGUCUGGCAAGUGGAAAACGAGACCUGCGAAUCCGCAAGCACUGUCGACGGAUGUAUUCAAUGGAACCAUUACAAACAAGGCUGCUGUCAUAAUUGAGACACGCUUCCGGACAAACAUCAUUCCUCUCAUUCUGCAUUUCAGUAGUGUCCUUGGGUAUUCUUGGCCGAUUAUAAUUUAUACGGCUCCAGAAUCGUUGGGCGAAUUCUCGACAUCAGCGGCACUGGCCCACUAUGUUAAGUCGAAAACCAUUCAAAUCCGAACCUUACCACAAACCGUCUUCUUCACAAACUCGGAUUCUGUGAGCAAAUUUAUGACCGAUAAGUGGAUAUGGGAAGAUUUGGCGCCUGCGGAACAUAUCCUUACAUUCCAGAGCGAUAGCAUGCUCUGCUCGAACGCAGCGCGCUCCGUGGAUGACUUCUUCGAAUAUGAUUUGAUUGGCGCGCCCAUCAAACCAGAAGCUGGCAAGGGAUACAAUAGUGGAUUGAGUCUGAGAAAAAGAUCGACAGUGCUGCGGAUAUUGGAGGAGUGGGAUUGGAAAGAAACAAAGACUGAUGAAGAUCGUUUCGAGGAUCGGUGGUAUCUCAAUAAGAUGAAGAUGCUACAAGAAAGGCAGACUGUGGCAGGCAUCAGUCCGAACGAUGCUGGAAUUAUCAAUCUUCCUUCGAUAGAGGUUGCGCGGACCUUCAGCGUAGAAGCGAUCGACUACCCUCAUCCACUAGGUGUGCGCCAGGUGCAUAAAUGGGAGGAAAAGCAAUUGGCCCCCUUGGAAGAGUGGUGUCCAGAAUACAAGCUGUGUAGAGAAGACCCUACAAUUGACCCUCCUCCCAAGGACCCUCCCAAAUAG